AUGUCUGAGGGUGAUAUUUAUCGCGCAAUCUACCGCGGUGAGCCGGGGGAGGAGACGGAUGGGGUCCCUGGAGUGGCACGGUUCUAUGAUGACUUCGAUGUCCCGGCUCCAGACACAGGGAAACCUCAGAGUACUGCUGCUGCCCGACUGAACGAGGAGCGCGGAGACCGGUUCUUUACGAAACGCGUGUUGCGUCGCUGUGUUCUAUUAUCGGUGGGCAUUCCUCUACAUCGUUUCAAAUCGACAAAGCAGCUCUUGCUAGCCAUCCGGGAUGCCAUCAAUGGCCAUAGGAACAUGUGUCAAAAGGGCGUCAUUCACCGCGAUAUCAGUCCCAAUAACAUUAUGAUUAGUGUCGAUCCCGAGCGAGAUGGACAUGGAUUCCUCAUCGAUCCUGAACUCGCUCUGGCACCAACCAUGGCGAAUUACGCCGAGGAGUCAACGAUAUUCACCGGAACGUUGGCAUUCGUGGCGAACGAACGCCUUGCAGAAAUUGAAACAGCAGUGGAAGAAAUAGGACUUCGGGCAGUGAAAACAGCGCACCAAGCGUGGCAUGACCUCGAAUCAGUCUUCUGGGUCUUACUUUUCAUUCUGUUGCGGCACACGCAAUGCCGCAUCGAGGGUGGAGACAGGCGUAAACACCUCACCGACACGUUUGAUAUGCCAAAUCAUACUCACCGGAACGGACUACUCGCCGACAUCAUGCAAAGUAUGGUGGUCACGCGCAAUACACCUUUGACUCUAUGUAUCCGUCGACUGGCGGAGGCCGUCUUCAGCCACUACAUGCCAUUCUACGUGAAGCUCAAAUUUCGCGAGGAUGAAAUCAACCUGCUCAGGCACGAGCACAUCAUUGAUAAGCUUCAAGCCGCGCUGGACAGUGAAGGAUGGCCAGACGAGGAAACUGAUGGCGCCAUCGCUUUCGAGCAGACGGAGAGGCAGAGUGCAGCUGAGAAGAAAAUCGUCGCGAGCCCCAUCGUGGGUUCCUUGACUUCCGCUAUGAAGGCUGGUGUUUUUCUUGCCCCAGCGAAGAUCAAAGCAUCCAGGGCGCGGUCUGCCCCAAGACUCGUAGCAGCUGCGCCCAGACCUGCCAGAGCCCCGCACGGGCAGGCGCCUGUGGUCUCAGACAUACCCCACCCACCUGCGCCGGCGGCGCGCAGGUCCGACCGUCUCGCGACGAAGCGCAAAACGACCGACGAGGAUAAGGCGCGGUCGAGCAGCAAAAAGCCUAGACGUGCUGGUGCCGGUGUGUGCCUCGCGCAGGACAACUUGGAUGCGCCCCGGCGAUCUGCGCGCAAGCAAUCCAACUCGUCUCAGGCUGGGCGCCAGGGUGCCAGCGCAGGAACGCGUUCUCAGAUGCGGGCGAAGAAAGCUUGA